AUGUCGGUAAUUAUAAAUGGUGCGGAAGACAGAGUCUUUGGUGAAGGUCCCUUCAAAGCAUAUCCAAUGGUCGGUACAGGUGUCUAUUCUCGUUUCAAACAAUUACGAACACACAUUUCUCCAAAAUUAGUCGUUGUUGGCUGUUUAACAGCUGUGUCAAGUUUCAUUGUAUUUCUACUAGGUGUACAUAUUGUUAUUCAAUAUCGUACUAUUCGUUUAGAUAUGCGUUUUGAUAUGUUCAAGAAAUUGGUGUAUAUCGCAUUGAGUAUUUUUGCUAUCAUACAAGUGAUACGUUUGAUAGCGUGGAUAUUUGAUAAUUGGAGUCGUCCAGCUUUAAGAAGAACCUCAAAUACUGGCAGUAGAAGAAGCCACGGUUACAGUAGGCUAGCAACACAAUGA